ACUCGAUCUCGACAAUGUGCAAGUUGAAAAUGUCGACAGUCGAUGGGUCAAAGAGGUGUUGACUAUCGUUUUGUUUCUAUAUCACACACUGACCAAAUGACGCUUUGAUGUUAUCGCAAUUCAUUAUAAAAUUAAAUAAGAAAUACUGAUGGUCCAUAUUUCGUGAUAACAAAUUAUAUUUAGUGUUCUGGAGUAAUUUGCAACAUCAUUUUUUAUGAUUAAUACUUUAAAAAGAAAUUUACAUAUAUCAUUAAAAGAAUUAUAAAAAAUUAUUCGUUACUUGUCUGCAGGAAUGGCAGAUCAUAAUUACUGUGACAAUGUUGAUGAUAAUAAAAUUAAAUCAGAACCAUCUAGCAGUGAAAAUGAUGACUCUAAAUAUGCUGCAUCUUUAUCUGAUGAUCCUGAUUAUAUUGUACCUAAACCUGGACCACAAACAAGGCUUAGAACAAGGAAAAAGUUAGAACAAUCUAUUUGGACACCCGUUAGGACUGCCCCUGGUUUAAGACCUAAUUGCAUUAUUUAUUAUGAUGGCAAUGGAUAUGCUUACCACAAUCAUAAAAUUGCAAAUAAUAAGAAGUAUUUAAAAUGUACACAAAAAAGUAUAAAAAAUAAGCCUUGUCCAGCUAGAGCAGUUAUCCGUAACCAAGAUAACAUGAUAAGGCAUUCUGGUGAACCACACACACAUAAACCAAGAAAUUAUGAAGAUGAAUUAUUAAAAAGAAAUUUCUUAAUGAAAAUUAGAGAACGAGCUAUCAGUGAAAAUACACCUAAUAGAAAAAUAUUUGAUGAAGAACUUAAAAAAACUCCUAAGUUACGUGGUAAAGUUUCAUUUCCAAGUACCGCUAGAAGAAUGCAAAGAUUUCGUCAGCCACAAAAAAUGCAAGGUCCUUUAUUUCCUAUUGAAGAUAAUGAGCUUCUCAAUGCCAUAAAUGAUUACAAAAACAUUCUAAGUAUAGACAAAAAUAAUAGUGAAGAGUAUAAGACUGAUGAAUCAACUGAGGAGUUUGACCCAGCUAGUCACAUGGAAGUAAUUGAAGUAAAUGAUAUGUUUGUUGAAGGUGAGGAGAGUAUAAAUCAAGAUGAAGGAUUAAGUAUCAAGGAAAAUAAAGAAAACAUGUCCCUUAACACACAACCUGAAAAAACUGUGAAUAUGUUUUGUUGUAUUUACUGUAAUAAAUGGCAAGAAGCACAAAUUUAUGAAUUUGUUCCUAAUGAAAAAUCUAAAAUAAUUGAAUUUAAAGAUAAACCACUUAAAAUAUUAGAAGAUGAAUUGAUUACUUCUAAUAAACAAAAAACUGCAUCUUCUAAAAAUAAUACACAUAUUAGUACUAAAGAAAUUAUCAAAAAUUACUCUGAAACUCAGAAUAUUGUGUCUGAAAAUUGUGAUGAUGUCUCAGAAUCAAUUAAUCAAGAAGUACCCAGUAUAAUUUCAGAAAGUAAUUCAGUAGAAAAUGAUCGGUCUGAUUUUUUGGAAGUGAACAAAUUGAAUAAACAAAAUGUCAAAAAGAAAUCAAAAAGAAAAUUAGGCUUUUUACAAAUGCGGAUUGAUUCAACAAUAUAUUUUGACAAUAUGGGAUAUAGCUAUCAGAUUCAAAAUGAAAAAAAUGAUAAAAAGUACUUGAGAUGUGUAGUUUGGGGGAAAAAAAAAUGUCCUGGACGUGCACAUUUAAAUAAAAAUACAAUGGCUAUAACACGUUCUAGGGGUCAUAAUCAUUUACCAUCUACUAAUAGUAAUGCAGAAAAGCAAGCUCGUGCAUUUUUACAUGCUAUUAAAGGAAGAGCACAAGAUGAAACUACACCAUUAAAAACAAUUUAUGAAGAAGAAAUAAAAAAAUUUCCACUUGCAUCUUCUGUUGUAAAUUAUGCUAAUGCUACCAGACGAAUGCAACGAACUAGGCGUCUUAAAAAUCAACCAGAAAAUUCUUCCAAGAAAGAGCCACCAUUAUUACUGUCAGUGCAAGUGAUACCAGGUACUCGACGUGGUACAUCUUUAUAUAUGGAUGAAUUAGGAUAUCACUAUCAUAAUGAUACUUUGACAAGUAAUGGAAAAAUUGUUAGAUGUACCCGAAACCGAAAAACUGCAACAGAAGAUGCAUGUCAUUCUAGAGGUUUUCUGCGCUCUUCUGGAGAUGGUUUUGUAAUAUAUCGUACAAAAAACCAUAACCAUCCUCCAGGAGAUCUCAAAAGGAAUCCUAUGGAACGAUCAUUUAUCAAUAUUUUAUGUGAAAGAGCUAGAAAUGAAUCACAUUUAGGACUUAAAGACAUAUAUAAUGAAGAAGUAGAAAGGUUCCUCGAUGUAGCAGACAAAAUACCAUAUCGUAUGGCUUGGCGGAGUAUGGCCAGAAUGAGACAACCUCCUAAAGCAUCUGGUGAAAUUAAAGUUGUAAAUGUAUCUGUUGUUUCUGGUUUAUGGGAAGGAUAUACUCUGUACAGAGAUGAUAUAGGAUUUUUAUAUUCUUUAAGAAAAGGAAGAAAAUUUGUGUGGUGUCAUAUGAAUACUAAACUCAAAUGUGUUGUAAAAGGUACUAUAUCCACUGAAAAUAAUAUAAGUACUAUGGAAUACACAGGCGAGCAUAAUCAUCCUCCAUUAGAUGAUGAUGAAUUCCAAGCAGCUAUUUUUAUUGAAAAAAUAAUGUUGAGGUGCUUAGAAGAUGAUAGCAAACCCAAAAAACUUUAUGAAGAAGAAAUAAUUAAUUUUCCAGGUGUAGAAAAACGAGUUUCUUUAUCAUAUGCACGUGAGAAGAUCAAAGCAAGAAGAAAAAGUAUAUUUAAAAAAAACCAAACUCUUGAAACAUUACAAACUACUUGUGAACCUUUACAAUAUGUUGAAUUUUGGGGAGUUGAAGACAAAAACAUAGAUACUACUGAUAAUGUUGUUACUGAAGAUAUUUUUUCAGAUGAUGAACAAUUUGGAGAAAAAUGUAAUGAGUCUAACAAUGUUUAUUCUGAUGAACUUGGACACAAAUACUCUUUAGUUAGCAUAAAAAACAAUACUAGAUAUUUAGAAUGUAUCAAUAAACAUGAUGGAUGCGAUUCUCGUGGAGAAAUGUUUAAAGGAGAAAAUGAUGAAUGGCUUUUUGUUCAACAUAGCUCUUUGCACAAUCAUUCACCACCAAGAGAGGACGAAGAUGAAUAAUUUUGAAGAAAUAACUAGGAUUAAUUUUUAUUAUGUCUUACAAUUAAUAUUUUUAUGUAUUUUUUUUUUUAUUUAUGGAAAUUAAAUACUGUAAGUCACUUGUUAUUCCUUACUACUCCUUCUGUCAUUAUUUAUGAACGACUAACUUAAGUUGUUUAUUCAAUUAUCAAAAUAAACAAUUUAAUUAUUUUUAUACUACAA